UGGAGAUGAACUGUCACGUCAAAGCCGUGUUCUGGAAACUUGUACACGAAUAGAAAUUGACACGCUUCCUUCUAUUUUUAUAUCAAUUAAAGCAAGUUUUAGCUUAGAUUAUAACUUAUUUGUUGUUCCCAGUGUUAUUAGCAAGCUAGUUACAAGAAAACCGCGAAAAUGAGUACAAUACUGGAGAAAAUUGCGGCUAUAGAGUCCGAGAUGGCUCGAACGCAAAAGAAUAAAGCCACAGCACUCCAUUUAGGUCUACUUAAAGCCCGGUUAGCUAAACUGAGGCGAGAGCUCAUCACUCCCAAGGGUGGCGGCGGUGCGACCGGUGAAGGUUUCGAUGUCGCCAAAACUGGUGACGCCCGUAUCGGGUUUGUAGGAUUUCCAUCUGUGGGAAAAUCUACUUUGCUGUCUAACUUAGCUGGAGUGUACUCUGAAGUGGCAGCAUAUGAGUUCACAACCCUGACAACUGUGCCAGGCUGUAUUAAAUACAAGGGAGCUAAGAUUCAGCUGCUCGAUCUCCCUGGUAUUAUCGAGGGUGCUAAGGACGGCAAGGGUCGUGGUCGUCAAGUCAUCGCCGUCGCCAGAACUUGCAGUCUUAUAUUCAUAGUACUGGAUGUACUGAAACCGUUGCAGCACAAGAAACUGAUCGAACACGAGUUGGAGGGCUUCGGACUGAGGUUAAACAAACAACCACCAAACAUACACUUUAGGAAAAAAGAUAAGGGUGGAAUUAAUUUGAAUACUACCUGCCCACAAACUGAGUUGGACAUAGAAACAGUGAAGACAAUUUUGUCAGAAUACAAAAUCCACAAUGCUGACAUAACCCUUCGGUACGACGCUAACAGUGACGACCUGAUCGAUGUGAUUGAAGGGAACCGAGUGUACAUGCCUUGUAUUUAUCUACUCAAUAAGAUUGAUCAAAUCAGCAUAGAAGAAUUGGAUGUAAUUUACAAGAUACCACAUUGCGUACCCAUCUCGGCUCAUCACAAAUGGAACUUCGAUGACUUAUUGGAGAAAAUGUGGGAAUACUUGAAACUAAUCAGGAUAUACACUAAGCCUAAAGGACAACUGCCGGAUUAUAACGCCCCAGUUGUAUUGCAUGCGGACCGCACCAGUGUCGAAGAUUUCUGUAAUAAACUCCAUAGGUCCAUUGUAAAGGAAUUCAAAUAUGCUCUCGUCUGGGGUUCUUCCGUGAAGCAUCAGCCUCAAAAAGUUGGUAUCGACCACGUGCUAUCUGACGAAGACGUUGUCCAAAUCGUGAAGAAAGUCUAAAACGUAACAUGUACUGGAAGAUAUAUACAAAUAUAUAUAUUUUUGCGAAACGAGAAUGAAAUAUAAAUGUUUAGGAUUUUGAGUGUCUGAUGAAUUCCAAGUGUUAAGUUCUGCAUAUUUUCGUAAAAAUAUAAAUGAUUGUGUAGGCAGUAAUUUCAUGCGAUAUGUAACCAUAAGUGUAAAUUAUUAUAAAGAUGUUAAGUUCUUAUGUUACUGAAGGUUAGGAAUUUGGUAACAUUAUUCACACAACGCAAGCGUUGUUUCACGUCGAUUUUCUGUGACGCUGUCACUCUGGUUUAGCCGGCAAUUCGUGUCGAAGCAUGGCUCUCACACAAUUGAAUUGUCUUAAAGUAGCGAACAGGACAAAAAAUAAACCAUCCAAUUUGGCCAAGCAGUUUGGGAUUGCAUUUAACUUUCGAUGAUUCAUUUCUAUUCCUUCAUCAGAUACUCAAAAUACAUUCUGUUAUUGUUGGUAAAGAAAAUUCUAUGUAAAGAAUAAGUAUGUUUGCAUUGAGUUUUUGUAACUUUUUCUCAAUUUGCAUUUACUUAUAAGCCAACAGUUAUGCUCGCCUUAACCUGAAGUUUUUAAUAAUAAUAAUUUAUAAAGUAAACAGUAACCUUAGUAUGAGUUUGCUUUACGUUUAACGAAUUCGAAACUAGAGCGCGUUCGGCGCUGUGACUGGCCGGAUAGAAUAAAACCAAUCAAUCAGAGUCACUCUCGUUUCGAUCUCGAACGUAAAACAAACUCGUACUAAGCCCUCAGUUUCAUUUUAUAUGACAACAUUAAAAGGUAUCUACCUUAUUCAAGGACUGGGAAGUUGGUUAGCCUUACCAAUGAGGAUUUUCGCAUUGAUAAAAAUGUGUAAUGUUAGAUCUAUUGACAACUAUAAAGUAUUUCAUGAAAUCGGUUAAUGAUUAUUGUGUGGUCCUAUAUGAUUUAUUGGCUAGAUAGUGGCCGGGAAAGGAAGAUGAGAUCAGAUUAGGUCGAAAAUCAACCUUCGGAUCGGAUUGAAAGCCUAACAAAUAAAGUAUACUACUAUACUUAUAGUAUACUAUAGUAAAACGUGUAAUUGUUUUAGACCCAACAGCAAAUAUUGCCCUCUUUCCCGAUGCGCCUAUACCAAUCGGACGAUGCAUUUUCUCAACCAAGCUAAUUAUGUACAUGGGACCGUACACCUGAUUCACUAAUAUCAACUAUAAACAAUAUCGCAUAAAGUCGAAAGCCCUCAUUGAUAUAAAUGGACAUUUGGGUCUAUAAAUUAUGACUUUCAAAUUAAUUUUGGAUUUACAAGAUUGUAAUGUUUAUUAGAAAGGGAAAUUAACCAAAAUGUUAUAUUUUUAGUAAUUACCUUUUCGUAUUCAAUAAAUAAAUAGAAAUUAGGUAGACUCGAUAAAAUUGUUCCUAAAUUGGCAAUCCGACCAGUCUAGGCAUAGGUACGUUUUGAUUUCAGUAACCAUGGGUUAACUUGUGUUGUACAGAAUGCUCAUUAUAUAAAUAUAUAAAAAUCGUAAAA